ACUUUUAUUGAGUGGGAAAUUCAUCAGUCUGUUUUUCAGCGUGUUUUUGUUUACAUUUUUAUUUCUACAUAAAUUUGAUAAUUUUUGUUAAUAAAAAUGACCACCAACGUUAAUAUACGCCUGGCUUUGGAUCGCGUAAACAUGGGAUUGUUGGCCCAAAAUCAGGCCAAUGCUCCAAGACUGUAUACACCCGGCGAAGUGGUCACCGCACAGCAAGGCUUCAUGAAAGGCCAUGGCACAUAUGUGGAGGGUGAUGAUAUCAAAGCCUCUGUGGCCGGUGUUAUGGAACAAGUCAAUAAAUUGGUCUCCAUUAAACCUCUCAAAAGUCGUUAUGUUGGCGAAAUUGGUGAUGUGGUUGUCGCACGCAUAACCGAAGUGCAACAAAAGCGUUGGAAGGUUAACACCAACUCUAGAUUGGAUUCAGUGCUGUUACUCUCCUCAGUGAAUUUGCCUGGAGGCGAGUUGAGAAGACGUGUGGCUGAGGAUGAGCAGGCCAUGAGAAAAUAUCUACAAGAAGGUGAUCUUAUAUCGGCAGAGGUGCAAAAUAUCUACGACGAGGGUACCUUAUCGUUGUAUACUCGCUCCCUGAAGUAUGGCAAAUUGUCACAAGGGGUGUUGGUGAAGGUGUUUCCCUCAUUGGUAAAACGGCGAAAGACACAUUUCCAUAAUUUGCCUUGUGGCGCCAGCAUUAUAUUGGGCAACAAUGGUUUCAUUUGGAUAUCUCCCUCUGCAAGCGGCACUGGCGAAGUUGGUGAUGGUGGUUUCUCCCAGAAUUUAUCCGAAGUAAUACCUAGAGCCGAUCGUGAAGUUAUAGCCCGUCUAAGAAACUGCAUUUUGGCAUUGGCCCAUUGUAAAAUGAUGCUGUAUGACACCAGUAUAUCAUAUGCCUAUGAGGAGUCCAUGAAAUAUGAUGUACACGAAUUGUUACAACAAGAGGCCAUAUUUGAUGUGGCAUUUUUAACACAGCAUCGUUUACGACUGCAGGAGGAGUAAGCCGAAAUGAUAUAACCUGAAUGUUUAUCGUAGAUUUUAAGUUGAGUACCUAUUUUUUGUAAAUUGAAUUUGCAAUGACAGACUGAUGAAUAAACUAAAAGGGAAAAGGAAAA